AUGGUCACCCUCUCCUCAAUACACACAUCCAACGCCCUAAUCUCCACCCACCUCCCUCCGCACCUUGUCUGCGUAUUUCUCGGUGGAACCUCCGGCAUCGGUGAAAGCACACUCAAAGCUCUCGUCUCUCAUGCCGUGCAACCAAAAAUAUACUUCGUCGGUCGGAAUAAAGCCUCCGCGGAACGAAUUAUCGAGGAAUGUAAGGGUUUGGGGCCGGAGGGAUAUGCAGGUGGUGCGGAAGUAAUUUGGUUGAAGGCUGAUUUGAGUAAGAUGAAGGCGGUGGAGGAAGUCUGUGAGGGGAUUAAGAGGAGAGAGAGCAAGGUGAAUUUGGUGUUUUUGAGUACGGGGACGCCGAGUUUUGAUCUAACACCCGAAGGACUUCACGCGUUCCUAGCUACAGCAUACUACGACCGAACACUUCUGAUUGCACAUCUCACGCCUCUUCUGCUCAACGCCUCUGCCAGCGAUUCUCUCGCACGUGUCGUUUCUGUUGGCUGUGGCUGCGACGAAGGAAUCAUCUACCCAACCGAUUUUCCGGCCCUUAAAAUCCCAUUCAGCGCUAUCCGAGGUCAUUUCGGGACGCUUACUACAUUGACUUUGGAGGCGCUGGCACAGAAUACUGUAGACGCCAGCGCAGGUGUAACAUUUAUCCACGCAAAUCCAGGUUUGGUCCGAACUCCGUACCAAGAUCGAAUGACUGGCUGGUUCGGGGUGUUUGCGAGGACGUUGAUGUGGGUGAAGAAGAUGACUGGGGAAGCGAUUGGGAUUGAGGAGAGCGGAGAGAGACACCUCCAUCUCCUCACAAGCGCCCGCUACGCUCCAGGCGGCGUCCCUAUCGAAGAUGGUACUCUUCCUGUGAUACGAACCAAUGGAUUACGCGCUGGUGAUACCCAGGCGAACGAUCUAGAUAAUGCCAGCAACUCUCAGCCAAACGAUGUAAUUCACAGAACAACCAUGAAUGCCGUAUACUCACUCGACAAGAAUGGUGAACCAGCGGGUCAGAAUAUUGUCAACCUCCUGAAGAAAUACCGUGAAGAAGGGAUGAUCGACAAGAUUUGGGCGUGGUUGAAGAAUGAGUAUGAUCGGGUUGGAGUGAAUUUGGUCUAGGGCGCGUGUACGAGUCAGCUGCAGAGGUGGAUGAGAAUAAGUAGCAAUAUAUGUAUCUCCAUCUUACUCUUACCUCAAUUCAAGUUGCAUCAAACUCCAAAUUUCCCAUUACAACAACUAUUCUCAAUUCAGUAAAGUCCCCCCCAAGACAGAUUUCAUUCACUUAUCUUCCAUUGUUCAUGAUUGUUUCAUG